AUGGCCCAGCUAUCGGAUGACGAGGAAACUACUUCCUCACACAAAGUAGGCUUUUCUGGCUCUGAAUGGAUUGACCUGUACGCGCGCGAGCCCACUGUGAUGCUUACCACCUUCCGAGAAGAAGCCUCCGCUGCUCUUGGUCUUUCAAUUGGUAAACUCCAUGAUGUCCGUGCUCGUCCGGGGGCCGACAACAUUUCGAUCUACUGCGACGUAGCCCACCCAAACCAAUGGACCAAGGAAAUGGUCCAACAGUGUCUUGUGCGGUACACGUACCCCAACAUGUGGGCGCUUGCAGCCCGUUUCCGGACUGAGUUUGCACAAAACGGAAAAGAGACAGACGGCACGCUAAACGGAAACGCCGCGUACUCAGUCAACUCGAAUGAUUCCCAGGCCAACGUCAGCGAAUACCGCAUCCUAUUUGAGGGUGCUUUGUGGCACUCCGUGCUCGCGAAGCACACGUCAGAAAUGGAGACCGUCGCGGACGUCGACGUCGACAAUUGCCUCCAAAGCCACUUUGGCAACCAGAGUCCAACCUAUACGCUUUACUUCCGCGAGCGCCCCAAGCCCAACGGAGCGUUCCUACACGUGCGGCUUCACAUAUCAUCGCCGGAUCGCAACACCACACAAUCUUACGUUGAUGCCCUCUCUUCGUACAAUUUCCCCGCUGUAUGGAACUUGUUCAACGCGUACAAUCAAGAGGCUCGAGACGCAAAUGGGAGAGCUCCAGAGACAGCUUCGCAACGACGGAACGGAACGGGGAACGACGUUCGACGCGGAGGACUACGGCCCAUUGUCGCCAACCAAGAAGAGGAGCUCGAACACGCUUUUGCACUCGAUGUUUCAGAGGCGAUGCGUCUGCCGUUCGAGGCGAUUCGAAACCAGGUCUUUGAGGUCGGUUCUGUGUUCACUGUCCGCUUCGACAUUGAACAUCCAGCCUCCCUGGCUGUUGACGAUAUCAAGACAAUGCUAGAGAACUGUGCCUUCGCCCGCAUCUGGGAGAUUUAUCAGCACUAUGACAACUCAGGCGGGAUAGAGACACUCACGCAAACGGGUUGGGAAGCCAUUAGCGCCACUGGCUCCCAUGGCGAAACAGUUUCAAAUGAGACAACACAAAACGCUCAUUCCCAUACGGCAAUGGUUAACACACGACACCGAACCGAAUUCCCCGGCGACCACUGGGACAUCGUCUAUGGUCUUCACGAGAAGGACUUGCGCGAUGCUUUUGUGGCCGAUGCACGCGACUUUCUUGGCGCGGCAGUUCGCGUUGUUGCUGUGCACAUUGGCAGUUUGGUUGUGGACGCCUAUGUUCGCCACAGCGUCACAGUCGCGAGCUCCCGCAUCACUGAGCUUCUCGCCGACGCACCAUACACCAGGCUGUGGAGAUUGUACUACGAAACCGUGUCCGACUCGCCAGAAAGCGGCACCUCCACCGGCACGCGUGAGGCAGGGCGACAGACUGACACCCAGCGAGGUUUGCCAUUGACCGUCGUAUCCAAUGGAAACGCCGACACCGCCAUCGUGACAACGCAUGUGGUGCGACUGGAAGGGGACGACUGGGCGGCCGUGUUGAGCUCGAAGCAAGAAGAGCUUGAGGUGGCUGUGUCGAAAGACAUUGCUGACGCGACGGGGCUGCCGCCAGGCAGCGUCAGUAACAUGCAACUGACGCUGGGCAGCCUAGUAGCAACUUUUGACCUAGCCCACGAGCCGUCACUACCAGCCUCAACCAUCGACAAGACUCUUUCUGUGUACGAUUUCCCUCUCACCCAAACGGUUCGUCAAGAGAUCACCACGGAGAUGGGCCAGCGGCGAUUCUCGCAGGUUACCACAUCCCACGUUCUGCAUUUGGAUGAAGACUGGACCUUUGUGGUGAACAAUGAGCGAGAUCACCUUGAAGCCGCAAUUGUGGGCGACGUGUGCGAGUUGUUUGGCUUGCCCUUAGACAAUGUUUCCGUUAAAAGAAUGAUAGCGUCUUCCGGUCUUCGAGUCGAGUUCGAGAUGCAGCACGACGGUGAAACCACAAAACAACAGAUCAAUGAGAAACUGCAGUCUUGUGGUUUCAGCCGCACCUGGGCACUGCUGGAGCGAAAUGAGCGGAACGGUUCAGCCCUGACAACAGACGCGGCAACCUCCCACAGAGUAACACUCGAGGGCGAUUGGGCUAGCGUUCUUCGAACGCACCAAAAUGCGCUCCAGGAGAGCUUCACCAAAGAUGUUUGCGCCACCACCUGUCUGCCACGUGAUGCGAUCUCUGGGCUUACCUUCUCGCUUGGCAGUCUUGUCGCAGAGUUCUCUCUCCACCACGGGAGCAACAUGACUCAGGAGUUUUUGGACGACAGCUUUAAAAGGGCCACCUUUCCGUCUUCACGAGCUCUCCAACAAUCCGUGGCGGGAGAGGGAAACACAGCGGAACACGUCGUUUCUCGGCAUCGCGUCCGUCUGGAUGGUAACGGCUGGAAGCACACCUACGGCCUCAUGCCCACACAGGUGGAAAGUGCAUUCCGGGAAGACGUUUCUGAUGCGACCGGAUAUGUGCCACAAGACCAGCCGUUCAAAGUUGAGCCCUCCAGCGAUAACGUGGUUAUGGACUUUUACUUAGGUCACCCUUCUUCUGUCGACUCUGAUUCUAUCAAUUCUCAACUUGCCAACUGCGUUUUCCCCAAAACUCGCGAGCUGUACGUGGACGAAGACGGCAGCGACAACGUGGUGACAUCUCACACCGUUCGCCUUGAGGGCGACGACUGGGACAGAGUGGUAAGCAGUAACCUUCUGCAGUUGCAGAACGCCUUUAAAACCGACGUGGCUGAAACCCUUUCACUACCCCUCGAAAACGUUUCUAACUUAGUCUUCAGUCUUGACGGGUUGCAGGCAUCCUUUGACGAGCAGCGCCAAGCCAUCGAGCUUGAUUCCUUGCACGACAACGAGAGCUUCAUCUCCCUGGACAACGAGGAAGCCGACGUGCUGCCCUCCGCGCCGCUGACGAAGAGGCACCCGCGCUCCGUGCGUACGACGAGCAAGAGCCGACGCUCAUGCGCACCGGCACACCUGAGGAAGCCGUGGAGCGUGCCGUCCCUGUGCAGGAGCAGCGCCAAGCCAUCGAGCCCUUGCACGACAACGAGAGCUUCAUCUCCCUGGGACGAUGACGUCCCAGUGACCGGUAAAGAGGAACGUGAAUCUGCUUUACCGAAGGAAGACGACGCAAGCGCUGAACAGACCAACGUUGACCUAAAGGAAGCACUCAGGACGGAUGUAGCCCACGCGCUUGGCGUUUCGCCAUCACAGGUCAGGAACAUUCGAGUGAAGUGCGGCAGCCUUAUCGCUUCGUUUGAAGUGGCGAAUGAUCCAAACGAGGCAAGCAACGCAGAGAAACAAACGUCCUCGACAACUACCACUUCCCUGAGACGCGCCGAUUUUACCCGUCAGACGCUCAAGGAAACCGACCGGAGGCCCUCCAGGACAACGAGAGCUUCAUCUCCCUGGACAACGAGGAGCCGAGCGCUGCUCUCCGCGCCGCCGACGAAGAGGCUCCUGCACCCGUGCGUACGACGAGCAGGAGCCGACGCUCAUGCGCACGGGCACCCCGAGGAAGCCGUGGAGCGUGCCGUCCCUGUGCAGGAGCAGCGCCAAGCCAUCGAGUCCUUGCACGACAACGAGAGCUUCAUCUCCCUGGACAACGAGGAGCCGACCGCUGCCCUCCGCGCCGCUGACGAAGAGGCACCCGCGCUCCGUGCGUACGACGAGCAAGAGCCGACGCUCUCGCGCACCGGCACACCUGAGGAAGCCGUGGAGCGCGCCGUCCCUGUGCAGGAGCAGCGCCAAGCCAUCGAGCCCUUGCACGACAACGAGAGCUUCAUGUCCCUGGACGAUGACGUCCCAGUGACCGGUAAAGAGGAACGUGAAUGUGCUUUGCCAAGUGAGGCACGCGUCGACCGCUAUAGCAUUGAAUUGGAAGGCUCUGAGUGGUACCGAGUGAUCGCAGAGGAAGACGACGCAACUGCUGAACAGACCAACGUUGACCUAAAGGAAGCACUCAGGACGGAUGUAGCCCACGCGCUUGGCGUUUCGCCAUCACAGGUCAGGAACAUUCGAGUGAAGUGCGGCAGCCUUAUCGCUUCGUUUGAAGUGGCGAAUGACCCGAACGAGGCAAGCGCCGCAGAGAAACAAACGGUCCUCGACAACUACCACUUCCUGAGACGCGCCGAUUUUACCCGUCAGACGCUCAAGGAAACCGACCGGAGGCCCUCCAGGACAACGAGAGCUUCAUCCCUGGACAACGAGGAGCCGAGCGCUGCUCUCCGCGCCGCCGACGAAGAGGCUCCCGCACUCCGUGCGUACGACGAGCAGGAGCCGACGCUCAUGCGCACGGGCACACCUGAGGAAGCGGUGGAGCGCGCCGUCCCUGUGCAGGAGCAGCGCCAAGCCAUCGAGUCCUUGCACGACAACGAGAGCUUCAUCUCCCUGGACAACGAGGAGCCGACCUCUGCCCUCCGCGCCGCUGACGAAGAGGCACCCGCGCUCCGUGCGUACGACGAGCAAGAGCCGACGCUCAUGCGCACCGGCACACCUGAGGAAGCCGUGGAGCGCGCCGUCCCUGUGCAGGAGCAGCGCCAAGCCAUCGAGCCCUUGCACGACAACGAGAGCUUCAUCUCCCUGGACAACGAGGAGCCGACCGCUGCCCUCCGCGCCGCUGACGAAGAGGCACCCGCGCUCC